AUGACAUUGGCGGAGAAGAAGACUACUAAAGAAGCUUGGGAAGCCUUCAAAAUUAUGUUUGUAGGGGCAGAUAGAGUGAAGGUUUCUAGAAUUCAGACACUCAAGGCUGAACUCGAAGCCAUGAGCAUGAAAGAGACGGAGAGUGUUGAUGACUUCACCGGAAAAGUAAUCAACAUAGUCAGCACAUUACGUAUGUUGGCAGACAGGGUAGAAGAAUCUCAAGUGGUGAAGAAGUUACUUAGGGUGGUGUCGUCCAAACUCCUUCAGAUUGCCUCAACACUCGAGCAAUUUGGAGAUUUGGAAUCAAUGUCCGUUGAAGAGGUGAUCGGAAGACUCAAGGCGUAUGAAGAACGCAUGAAGAGUUCAGAAACAAAUAGAAGUCAGAGGGUGACUCAAAGCAAAGAUCAAAUCGAGGUUGAUUUGGUGGUUCUCGUGGUGGUUGUGGCAGAGGUAGAGGAAGAAAUGGAGGAGGCCGUGGUGGCAGAGGCAGAACACAUCACCGCAAGGAAAGCAAUCCCAGUGCAUCGAGUAGUCAUUAUAAGAGUGACAUUCAGUGCUAUAAUUUCCAAGAGUAUGGGCAUUAUGCAUCCGAAUUUUGGGAAUGAAUCGAAAGUGAGAUUUGAAGGAAAGGGCUCUAUAGUCUUUAAAUGCAAGGAUGGUGGGCGUCGAAAAUUGAAUGAUGUAUACUACAUACCUGAUUUAUGUAGCAACAUCAUCAGUCUGGGUAAAUUAGCAGAAGGAGGAGACGAGAUCAAGAUCAAGGACCCAUUUUUAUGGGUUCAUGAUUCAAUUAGAAAGCUACUCAUGAAAGUUAGAAGAUCAGCAAAUAGACUCUACAAAAUAGAAUUAAAAGAAGAUAUUGCAGUGUGUUUUGUUGCAGAAGUUGAUGAUCCAACUUGGUUAUGGCACAAAUGA